AUGGAGGCCACGGCCACGGUCAGGGAGGUUCUGAUGAUUGAGGAAGACUGGAGGAUUCCCUUCAUCGACUUCAUCAAGGAGUUCAAGCUUCCACCAGGCAUUGAGGCAAAAAGCAUCCAAGCUACCCGCAUCAUUCGGAGAAGCAAAGGAUUCAUCUUGGUCGGCAACAACCUAUACAAACACUCCGCUUUAGGAAUCCUCAUGAAGUGUGCCACUUUAGAGGAAGGCAAGGAUAUCUUAAGGGAAAUCAAGGAAGGAGUCUGCGGCAAUCACGCCGCAUCAAGAACACUGGUCAUAAAAGCCUACAGAUCGGGUUUCUUCUGGCCAACUGUUGUAUCAGAUGCUGAAGACUUCGUCAAGAGGUGUCCUGGAUAUUCAACUACUAAUUCAUGA